GGUCACGACGAGCACCACAGAUCGACCGCUUUAUGAAGGUGCAGUGACAGCUCCGCUUGGGAAACAUCUGUGAACUCGGAGUGUUGUAGACAGCCCGGACCACGUUGCCACAUACUGCUCGAGUCGCUUGGAGCGCACCUGCAUUGAGUUGUCAAUGUGCUACCUCACUUCUCCGUCACUUCACAUACGAAAUGCUGCAAAGUUGCAGACAGCCUCUAUAAGCUCGCCAACCUUCUCCGUUCCAAUCAUCGCCGAUACGCCUUAGCCAGCAACUUACUACAACCACUCUCGGACACUGUCAGGCGGAGCGACUAUGUCGAACAUCAAGGAUCCGUGGAGCGCAGAGCUGUCGGAGAAUUAGUAUGUCGUUCCUGAAACUCAAUACCAAUCGAUGCUGACUUCUGUUCGUAGCUACCAUGGCGAGCCAGUGAAAUUGCUGGUUGGUGCCGAACCCGUCAUCUUUUACGUCCACGAAGAAGUCCUCACCAGAAGCUCCAUUUUCCUCCGGACGGCAUUGAAAGAUAAGUGGGAAGAAGGACAAAGCCGUCAGAUCAAGGUGCCAGCCGAAGAUCCAGUUGUUUUCCAUGAUUACGUUCAUUGGCUGUACCACGCCAAGAUCCAUUGCCCGUCAGUCGAUGCCGAAACAUGCUACAGUCCGAUGUUACUCCUGUACAUCUUGGCGGACAAUUUGCUUGACACUGCAUGCCAAGACCGCGUUGUCGAUGCUCUACUCCUGCAUAUGCGUGACAAGGCGCCGGAUCCCGGAGACCCAGGAGCCUCACCCACAAGGUGGUUCCCUAUUGGCUUCGACGUUGAUCUUGUCUACGAAAAUACUCCCAAAGGCUCGUUUUUGCGAAGACUCAUGCUGGACACUCACCUGUAUCAGGGGACUUCUAACUGGAUCCGCAAUCCGGAGCUAGCGAGCCUCAACGUCGAGUCCCUGGCCGAUCUCAGUGCGGGCUUGCUGGACAAAGUCUAUCGGGUACAUGCCGGCGCGGUACUUGACAAGCCCGAGCAGUUUGACGCUCAGUCGCCAUGCGUCUACCACAAACACGGCGCGGACAAGCGGUGCGGCGCCGACAAGCAGGUUGCCGAGAAAGGAAAAGACGCCCCUGACCAGGACCAGGACAUGUAAGACGGCGAGCACGAGAGUAAUCGAGUAAGUCGAUGAGGAAUAUGGCCAGUGUUUCACACAGGUGCUCUCGAUCGAGCAAGCGAAGAGUAUGGCGGUCGGCCCACAGUACGGUGUGCCACGUCAGCACGGCGAUGGAAUGCAGCGGGCGGGCU